AAUUUGAUUGAAAAAAAAAAGCAAAAUGAAACAACUUGCUAACAAACAUUGCUAAGUUGGAUUUUAUUUGAUAGUAGGAAACUUAUCAAAAAGUCAAUUGAGCAAAAUGCAAGUGCAAGUUCUACAUCAAUGAAGAGAGUAACAGGAGGAUAUGACUAAUCAGUCAAAACUUCUAUAUGUUAAAGUGAACUAAGCUAAUAAAUAAACCGAUGACUAAUCAAUCCAAACUUAAAUAAAUUUGACUUCAUAAUUUUAUAACCUAAUUUUACCUCCUGUGCCUGCUCCAAAUUUCAAAUGGUGUUUUGACUAUAUAUACACAAGUUCCGAAAUCUUCCAUUGGAGUUGGAAAGAGCUAGAAGUUUCGAGAAUCGAAGGUUCUAGAAGGAUAAUCAAAUCGAAUCGAAGGUUGUAGAAGGAUAAUAAAGCAAUGAGUCAUAGCUUAGGAAUUCCAGUGAAGCUUGUACAUGAAGCAACAAGACACAUAGUAACUGUUGAAGUGAAGAGUGAAGAGCUUUACAUAGGAAGUAUGGUCGCAUGCAAAGAUAACUGGAAUUGUCAGCUCGAAACCAUCACUUACACUGCCAAAGUUUGGAAGGGUGUCACAAUUGGAACAUGUUUUUAUUCGAGGCAGCAAAGACAGGGCAAAGGCACAUCACUUGGUGUUGGACGUGAACAUGCUAUGGCCAUGCGAGCCAAAGCACAGGCUGCCGGUCAUGGAGCAGCACCUGGUCGAGGUGUUGUGCCUCCAGUAAGAAGAUAAUCUCCCCGAACUGGUCGGUAUCUGGUUCUUGUGUUCGUAAAUUCAUUGUAAUAGUGCACGAGUAGUUGCUGUUUAAGCUUGUGUCGCUAGUCUUAUUAUUUUUAUUAGAAGCACGUAGCGUAGGAUCUUGACUUUGUAUUCCAGAUGACUGAUACAAGGAUGUUUACCAGUCUCUUGUGCAAUGUGGAUCGGAUCAAUUUCUCAUUAUGUCCCAAGUAUUUCAUUGGGACUGUGUAGCCCGGAUAUCUGGUUAUUGUUAGAGAUAUUAAAGGAAAUGAUCUGUUUAGGGAA